GCACAGCAGAUGCUGUGACGGUCGCCAUGAUGAGCUGGGAUUUUGCCUGCAGCAGCAAGCAGUAGCUGGAGACGGCAAGCGACCAGGGAGGAAGGCAGUGUCCUGGAUUGGUAUAAGCAAGAGUAUCGCUUUUUUUUUCUUGACAGGAACGCGUUCAACCCGUCCGAGAAACCGCAUUUUCGACGGAUACAGCAAUGGACAUAUACUCGAACCAUCGUUUUAAACUGUGAAGAGGGCCAGGCAGAUGAUUUUAGAAGAUUUGGAAUUAAAAUAAAAAACUAGCUAGCUAAGCCUUUCGCCCUUCCAUUCUCAGACUCAACAGAGGAGGGGCAUUGGGGCUUUGUAGCAUUGCAGAUCUAAUGUUGAUGCAUUUUUGUCGCUGCAGAAUUGAUAACCACAGAUAAUAACUCAGGGGAUUGCUAUAACUGCAUUGUCACGGGUAAUAUUUUCAUUGCUUGGAUUUUUGCCAGAAGACCAGAAAAAUACGAAAGGAAAUAAUACCAGCGGCUUUCAUUAGGCUAACAAUACGUCAAAAUCUGCCGGCCAGGGCAGGGUCUGGUAAUUGUGAAUUCUUUAUGUGUUUUGGGGGAAUAGAUUAGCUAACUAAAGAAAAUGAGGAAAAUGUACAUGUCUCGCACAACUCCGAGAUACUCUAUCGAUACCUUUGUGAGAGGUGGAUCAUGAUAGAUCUAUUUUAGCUCGCUAGUAACUUGCUUGGAUCAAAACUUCAAAGUUUUUUUUCAUUUUGCUACAAGGUGAGACAAGCUAGACCAACUUCUGUUCGUCACCGGUAAGCCUGAAUACAAGGCUUAACUAUUUAAGUGAGUUUCUAUAAUUUUCACUACUGCCAUCACCAGACUACAGUUCGAAUCAUGUCGGGAGAGGUCCGUUUGAAGAAACUGGAGAAGCUGAUCCUGGACGGCCCAGCUCAGUCAAAUGGCCAAUGCCUUAGUGUGGAAACGCUAUUGGAUAUCCUUAUCUGCCUUUAUGAUGAGUGCAACAACUCACCCCUCAGAAGAGAGAAAAACAUAUUGGAGUUUCUAGAUUGGGCCAAACCGUUCACUUCCAAGGUGAAACAGAUGCGCCUGCACAAAGAGGACUUUGAGAUCCUCAAGGUGAUUGGACGAGGAGCCUUUGGAGAGGUUGCUGUGGUCAAAGUGAAGAAUGCAGACAAGGUGUUUGCCAUGAAGAUCCUCAACAAGUGGGAGAUGCUGAAGAGAGCAGAGACGGCGUGUUUCCGGGAGGAGCGGGACGUGCUGGUGAACGGGGACAGCCAGUGGAUCACCACCCUGCACUACGCCUUCCAGGACGACAACAACCUGUAUCUGGUGAUGGAUUAUUAUGUGGGUGGGGACCUGCUCACCCUGCUUAGUAAGUUUGAAGACAGGUUGCCGGAGGACAUGGCUAGAUUCUACCUAGCUGAGAUGGUGCUGGCUAUUGACUCAGUGCACCAACUGCACUAUGUCCACAGGGACAUCAAGCCAGACAACAUCCUGAUGGACAUGAACGGCCACAUCCGCUUGGCUGACUUUGGCUCCUGCCUUAAACUCAUGGAGGACGGCACGGUCCAGUCGUCGGUUGCCGUGGGGACCCCGGACUACAUCUCUCCGGAGAUCCUGCAGGCGAUGGAGGAUGGGAAGGGGAAGUAUGGUCCUGAGUGUGACUGGUGGUCCCUGGGCGUGUGCAUGUACGAGAUGCUAUACGGGGAGACCCCCUUCUACGCAGAGUCAUUGGUGGAGACCUACGGCAAGAUCAUGAACCACAAGGAGGAGUUAGGUGCUGCUGAGCGUUUCCAGUUCCCCCUGCAGAUGACGGACGUGUCCGAAGAGGCCAAGGACCUUAUCCGGCGCCUCAUCUGCAGCCGUGAGCACCGCCUGGGCCAGAACGGCAUCGAGGACUUCAAAUCUCACCCCUUCUUCUCUGGCAUCGACUGGGACAACAUCCGUACGUGCGAGGCCCCUUACAUACCAGAAGUCAGCAGCCCCACAGACACGUCCAACUUUGACGUGGACGAUGAUUGUCUCAAGAACUCGGAGACGAUGCCCCCUCCCUCUCACACGGCCUUCUCUGGACACCACCUGCCCUUCGUAGGCUUCACCUACACCAGUAAAUGUACCCUAUCUGACCGGGGCUGUUUGAGGGAGUCGGGUGGUUUGGGUCCGGCACAGAUGGAUGUGUGUGUCCAGCGCAGUCUGGAGGAGAGUCUAGCUACCGAAGCCUACGAGAGGAGGAUACGACGCCUGGAGCAGGAGAAGACUGAGCUCAGCCGCAAGCUGCUAGAGUCGACCCAGACAGUCCAGGCCCUGCAGCACGCGUCAGGAGAAGGACCAGCACCCGUCCCCUCUAACAAGGAGGUGGAGAUCAGGAGUCUGAAGACUGAGAUUGACAUCCUCAAGAAACAGAUCGCAGACUCAGGUCAACUGGAGCAGAAGUUGGAGGAAGCUACAUCAGCCCGUCAAGAAAUGGAGGGCUCAUCCAAACACAUCAGGAGCCUGGAGAAACAGAUGAAGAGCCUCAACCUGGAGAGGGACGACCUGCACAAGGACUUAAUGGAGGCCAGUGAGAAGAUGAAGAGUCAGUCAAAGGAGUUGAAAGAAGCCCACAGCCAGAGGAAGCUGGCCAUGCAGGAGUUCUCCGAGCUCAACGAGCGUCUGACUGACUUCCGAUCAGCCAAGCAGCGCCUGGGCCGCCAGCUCCGGGACAAGGAGGAGGAGAUGGAGGCUUUGUCCCAGAAGGUGGAGGCUCUACGGCUGGAGGUGCGCAAGGCCGAGAGGUCCAAGAAGGAGAUGGAGGCCCAGUCCGAGGAGCAGACAGCAGACGCUCAGAAGGAGAGGAAGCUGAGAGAACGAUCAGAGCAGCACUGCAGACAGCUAGAGGAGGAGCUGGACGGACUCAAGAAGCAGGUGGGGCCGUCAGCUUCGGUGGUGGGCUCGGACCAGAGCCAGGAAGUGGGGAAGCUGCGUGCCGACCUGGAGAAGAAGACCUUGUUCUACGAGGAGGAGCUGAGCAGGAGGGAGGCGCAGCACGCCAACGAGCUCAAGGGCCUCCGCAAGGAGCUCCGCGACGCUGAGGGACAGCAGCUCACCCUGCAGAAGGAGAUCCUGGUGCUCAAGGACAAACUGGAGAAGACGCGCAGGGAGAGCCAAAGCGAGCGUGAGGAGUUUGAGACGGAGUACAAGCAGAAGUACGAGAGGGAGAGGGUCAUUUUGACCGAGGAGAACAAGAAGCUCUCCAGUGAACUGGACAAGCUGACGUCCAUGUUUGAGAAGCUGAGCAGCAGCAACAGACAGCUGGAGGAGGAGAUGAGGGAGCUGGCUGACAAGAAGGAGAGCGUUGCUCACUGGGAGGCCCAGAUCACUGAGAUCAUACAGUGGGUGAGCGAUGAGAAGGAUGCGCGAGGUUACCUACAGGCUCUGGCCACUAAGAUGACCGAGGAGCUGGAGGGACUGAGAAACACCAGCCUAGGUGCCAGGGCCACGCAGGACAUGCCGUGGAAGGUGCGGAGGUUCGCUAAGCUGGACAUGUCAGCCCGUCUGGAGCUGCAGUCUGCACUGGACGCUGAGAUCAGAGCCAAGCAGACCAUCCAGGACGAACUGAACAAAGUCAAGGCCUCGAACAUCUCCACUGAGUGUAAGCUGCAGGAGUCGGACACUAAGAACCAGGACCUGCUUGCUGAGAUUGAGAGGCUGAAGAAGGAGACGGAGGAGCUCCGCCUGCGCAGGGGUGUGAAGCACCAGGACUCCCAGAACUCCUUUCUGGCCUUCCUCAACGCCCCCACCACAGCCUUGGACCAGUUCGAUGUGGACUCGGUGGAUAACUUCACUCCCUCCAACACUCCAUCCAGAGGCGAGGACUCCAAGUCCCAGCUCAAGUCUCGCUCACGGUCGCCCUCCAUGGCCAGCGACGUGGAGCCUAUAGAGUUGAUAGACCACCCCCCACGGCCAGUCCAGACCCCCACCAUGCGAUCAGGGGGGUACGGUAGUAUUGGCCGCUCAUCACCCAAGCCCAAAGCCCACCAGUUUGUGGUGAAGUCCUUCAGUGCUCCAACCAAGUGUAACCAGUGCACCUCUCUCAUGGUGGGACUCAUCCGCCAGGGCUGCACCUGCGAAGUGUGUAACUUCUCGUGCCACGUGACAUGUGCUGACAAGGCUCCAGCAGUGUGCCCCGUGCCACACGACCAGACCAAGGGGCCAUUGGGCAUUGACCCUCAGAGGGGCAUCGGCACUGCCUACGAGGGACACGUCAGAGUGCCCAAGCCAACGGGGGUGAAGAAGGGUUGGCAGCGGGCGGUUGCUGUAGUGUGUGACUUCAAGCUCUUCCUGUAUGAGCUGGGAGAGGGCAAGGCCACAACGCCCAGUGUGGUGGUCAGUCAGGUCAUAGACAUGAGGGAUGAGGAGUUUUCAGUCAGCUCUGUCCUGGCGUCUGACGUCAUUCACGCCAGCCGCAAGGACAUCCCAUGUAUAUUCAGGGUGACUGCUGCCCAGCUGUCCGCCUCCUCCAGUCACAAACCUUCCAUCCUGAUCCUGGCGGACACCGACCACGAGAGGAACAAGUGGGUGGGGCUUCUCAACGAGCUGCAGCGCAUCCUCAAGAAGAACAAGCUGAAGGAGCGCUUUGUCUACGUGCCCAAAGAGGCCUACGACAGCACGCUACCGCUCAUCAAGACCACGCAGUCCGCCGCUAUUAUAGAUCACGAGCGCGUUGCCCUGGGCAACGAGGAAGGCCUUUAUGUUAUCCAUGUCACCAAAGAUGAGAUCAUCCGCGUGGGAGACAAUAAGAAGGUCUACCACAUCGACCUGGUCCCCCAGGAGCAGCUCCUAGCGGUCAUCUCCGGUCGUAACCGCCACGUCCGCCUCUUCCCCAUGGCCGCGCUGGACGGACGGGAGAUGGACUCCUACAAGCUGGCCGAGACCAAGGGCUGCACAGCGCUGGUGUCCGGGCCCGUCCGAAACAACUCCCUCACCUGUCUGUGUGUGGCCAUGAAGAGACAGGUCAUCUGUUACGAGGUGAACAAGAGCAAGAUGCGCCACCGCCGGCUGCGAGAGCUCCAAACCCCAGGUCCUGUCCAGUGGAUGGGUCUCCUGAGCGAGCGGCUGUGUGUGGGCUACCAGGCUGGCUUCACGCGCUACAGCGUCCACGGGGACUGUGCCCCGGUCAGCCUGCUGCACCCCGAGGACCACACCCUGGCCUUCAUAUCCCAGCAGGGCCUGGAUGCAUUGUGUGCCGUGGAGAUCUCCUCCAAGGAGCUGCUGCUAUGCUUCUCAGCCAUAGGGGUCUAUGUGGACUCGCAGGGCCGCCGCUCGCGCCAGCAGGAGCUGAUGUGGCCGGCCGUGCCUAACUCCGCCUGUUACAACGCCCCCUACCUGUCAGUGUACAGUGAGAAUGCUGUGGAUGUGUUUGACGUCAACACCAUGGAGUGGAUUCAGACCGUCCCACUAAAGAAGGUACGACCUCUGAACCCCGAUGGAUCCCUGAACCUCCUGGGUCUGGAGACAGUGAGGCUCAUCUACUUCCGAAACAAGACGGCAGAGGGUGAUGAGCUGGUGGUCCCCGAGACUUCUGACAACAGCAGGAAGCAGAUGGUUCGCAGCUUGAACAACAAGAGACGCUUCUCUUUCAGAGUCCCUGAAGAGGAGAGGCUACAGCAGAGGAGAGAGAUGCUGAGAGACCCAGAGAUGAGGAACAAGCUGAUCUCCAACCCCACCAACUUCAACCACGUGGCCCACAUGGGACCUGGGGACGGCAUCCAGAUCCUCAAAGACCUGCCCAUGAAUGUGCGUGUUCAGGAGAGUCGUGCUGCAGGCUUCAGUGGCUCCGUGUCCAUCCCCUCCAUCACCAAGAACAGAGCCGAGCCGGGACGGUCCAUGAGCGCCAGCAGUGGACUGGGCAUCCGUUCGUCAUCUCAGAACGGCAAUGCGUUGAGGAGAGAGCUGUCCGGGGGUAGCUACAGCUCUAAGCGCCAGACCAUGACCUCUCCCUCCGAGAGCUCCUUGUCCUCCGGAGGGGGUAUGGACGGCUGCAGCGACGCACCCCUCUCCCAGUUCGACAGAGAGUGGCAGGCGGUCUCGCCAUCGGAGAAGACCCCCGAUCUGAAAAGGGCUUUAAGGACCCUGCUUAGUAAAAUGAAGGACUCUGACUCGCCCCGUCACUCGACGGCGUCAAACAGUUCUACGUUCAGCAGUCCCCCCAGCCCAGCCUCACCCCACAAGACCAAGUCCCUCUCACUGGAGAGCACAGACCGCAUGACUGGCUGGGACACAUGAGUGACAGACCGCACACAGCUCCAAUCCCUGACCCUCACCAAGCUCCCGGGCCCGCCCCCACCCCCCCUUCCCGGGCCCUGCCCACGGAACUGCACCUGCUGCCACAGGCCCCUCCCACUUACUUACUUCACCUUUGACCUCCCACAAAGUUCGCAGGAUGGAACUGAGAUCUACAAACACGGGGAAAGGAAGUGUUUGACCAAGAGGGAAAUACUGGGAAAGGGUGUGUGUGUGUGUGUGUGUGCUCAUGUUUGUCUGUGUGUGUGUCUCGUGUGUGUGUGUGUGUGUGUUUUUGAGGGAGGGCAUACAAUAUAGGAAUUAAAAUGUACACCCCCUUUCAUGCUUUGUAGCUGAUAACCAGAAUAAGCGAAGCAAUGAGUUUUAUUGAGAGUACUUUUGAUUGCAGCACUACUAGCCCCGUAUAGAUUAUUAUGUAAUUGGCAACUCCUGUAAAGAGACACACAAACCUCAAGACGCGACAAAGAGAAGAGGAUCAAUAUGAAACAACAACAGAUCAUUUGAUACGUGUACACAGCACCCUUUGGGCUUGGGGGGCCACCUUUUAUUUAUUCAUCUAUCUAUCGAAGACAUGGAGAGCAAGGUGCUUUGCAGCUAGAGGAGAAAGAGAGGAUGUUUUCACUCUCUCUUUUUCCUUCUGUUGAUUUCUUCCAAAACGGUAGUUGGCAGCAGAAGGGGUGGAAUUCCAUUUACAAUACAAGGCUCACAAAAUAACAUUUAAAAAAAAAAAAAAUAGUAAUAAUGAAGAAAAAAAGAAAGCAAUGAUGUAUUUUUUAUUUUUUUUGCUCAUGAAGUGAAAUAUGUGCAGUGACUUAAUUUCUUCAUACCAUCAGCGAAAAGCUACAGUAAAGCAGUACAAAAAUAAAAGUAUGGUUAGGGGUAUUUUAACUCUAGGUGACACCUCGCUGGCUUCAUGUUCUCGAAUUCUUAGGGACAGCAGUGUUUAGAAGCAGACUGAACAUUCUAUGAUGACAUCACAGCUCCUUAUGCGACUUCCUCAUGACACGGGCCAGUGACCUCAUCCAGUGAUCUGGGACCAUUUUCCAUGUAGUGUAGACCUAAUACCGUAAGUACAGUAAUAGACCAACCACUGAUCAAUUCCAAAAAGCCGAUUCCCAUCACAACCAUGUACAUAGGUUAAAAUCAGAGAAUAAUAUAUGAUAAGGGAAAUACUAUAGAGAAAUAGAUGAUGCGAGAAGAUCCUCGAUUCCUAUUUAUCUUUUGAGUAUGAUUUGAGGUUAUAUUCACACAAGCCAUUUUAAACCACUUCAAGUUCCUCUGAUUUGCUUUCAGAUUUGUUUUCGUUUUUUUCUUUCUAUUUCAUGUAUGAGACACAAACUGUCAAGUGUCAUUUUGAUUUGCGUUUGAGGAAACUAAUAUUAUGGGUCGCAUGGACCCGUGCUGUUAAGUGAAUAUGUGCAUUUAUUUGAAGCGAUAGUCCUGUCACAGAUGCAUGCAUUCACACUUACACGCACAAACACACGCACACACACACACGGGCGUUUCCCCCUCCACUCUUUCCACUAUGGUCCACAGUUAGAUCAGUUGAGGUGGGAUUGUGUCUUUCCUAACCGACAGUGAUUCUGAAACACUAAGUGUGUAUUUCCAUACUUUUCUCUGUGGUACCAACGUGUGAACCUCAAAUAUGUCUAUCCUUUGACUUCUGAGAGAGAUUUUGGAAAGCUUGUUAUAACCAAAAAUAGAAUGACUUGGAAUCAUUAUUUUUCAGACAGCCUUGCUUAUUUUGAAGAAUGUUUUGAUAGGUUAGGGGGGGAAAAGAGAGACGACAAUUGUAGAUGUCGAUUUGACUAGACAGACAGCGCUAGGCUGAAAUGGAGGUCAAAAAAGAGUGAAAUAAUGGAAAAGAAAUGCUAGGAUGACAAGUUCAAUGUUUAAUUUCUGUUCCAAACCUCCCUGCUGUUAUUGAUAUGUUCUUACUAUUAACUGGUAAGCUGUAUAUUACUGUCUGGUAAUGCAAUAACCUUGAUACAAACCCAAUUUGGGGUCAAUUCCAUUUUUUUUCAGUCAUUUCAAGUCCCAUUCCAAUUUUCCUCAAUGCUUCUUUGUGACAAAUUUGGAAUUAGAAUUUCUGUUUACUUUCUGAAUUGCCAAAAUUGAAAUUGACCCCAACCCUAAUGCAAAUCACAGCAUGGUGUUGUUGAUGUUUCAUUUCCACACAUAAAUACACAAGUUACUUGAUAUUGUUUCUGAGCUUUGGGUCGAGUGCCUAGAUCAGCUGACUCUUCUCUCUCAAGCGGAAGGGAGGGGACUCUUAUUCUGGAAAGGGGACUUUUUUUCAUUUCUAAUGAGGAAUUCUUUUUAUGUUACAGACCAUUUAAUGGAUGACCGUUGUUACUUACUGCUCAAAGGGACCUUCUGUCUUAAGGUUUAGGAGUGUUUGGGUGGGUUGAAGUGUACCAAGUAGGCAACAUGGCAGUUUAUCUAUCCUAGUCAGAAGUGUAUAAAAAUAUAAGACAAAAACGGAACAGAUUUCUGCUUUCAUUCGUGCCAUUGGGGGCCUAAACCUUAACCCUAAACCACAAUUCUAUUAUAUUCCCUUGAAAAUACAUUAAUUUAUCUCUAGCCUACUCAUUCCACAUGUUUUUAGAAUUCCAUUUUAUAUUGAGCUUGCAAAAUAAGAAUUUGCCUUUUAGACGUCAGUCUCGCUAAGUUGGUUUAACUCAACCGUCUCAACUUAACCACCUCUCUUUAAUAUUUCCUUUUAAGCUACCAAGAGUCCCUAUUCAUAUCUGCUGGGCCUUAUCUGUAGAAUGUAUUAGCUGAGAGCGAAGAGGAGAUAUCUAGGUCUAAGAGUAUGAUAGACCAGGCUUUAUACUGUACAGUUAAAGCCCUGAAAUCCCACUUUAAAAAAUUUAAAAAACUCAGGAAUGUCAGAACCAAUGAUUAUUUUCCCCCUAACAAUAGAAGUGAGUGUGACAGAACAGACUGCACUUGGGAAAGAAGAGCUAAAUUUAGCCCUGGUGUAGCUAGCUGUGACUAGGAGUAAGGGUCUAAAGAUUCAGGUGGAAGAAAAGACAGAUUUAAACGGAGGAAGAAAUCAGACAAGUGUUUUGAAUUAAGGAUGAAAAGGGGUGAAAGAGCAGAUGGAGGGUAGUAGUUUGAGGCUGAGGUGCCACCAUGAUAACCAUUAAAAAAAUAAAAAAACGCCUUUGCAUUUCAGUGAGGUCUUAUCUUCAGUUCCUUCUAUAUUAUUUUGUUCUUUCAUAUCAUAUUAUACACUUUGUUUUUCUAGGAUUGCUUUGUAAUAAUUUGUACAGUUUUGCAUGUUAUAGAUGUAAUCAUUUUUUUGUUUGUUUUGGAUUUGUUUUUAAUUUUGACUUGCUCAUUUUAUUUGAACGGUUUGGGACUUUUAUUGAGGAUGGCCCACUACAGGUGAUGUAGAUUCUUUUUGCACAGAAAUAUUUAAGGUGUAAGGUCAAACAAAUAAUGUAUGGAAACUGGCCACCACACUUGUGGAGAACUCAUUAUAUUAACCUGACUCCAAUGUAUUUCAAUAAAGCGGAGGGCUGUUACAAAUACGGCUUCACUGAG